GGUAUUAAUACCUUCUGAAAACAAUCUUGACAUGUGUCGACAGUGUCGACUCUACAUUCCUGAAUCCACAUCAGUCAUUUCGAUUUCUAACCUAAAUUUCACUAAAGCAACGUGUGAGAUAGAAAGUUUUUUUUUAUAAAUCAAACCGCGUCAGUUGUAUUUCUAAUUUCUUUCAAGAAUGGUUGAAGACGUGGCAACUGGAGUGCAGAACGUGACAUUAAAAGAUGAAAAGGCAUGAAAAUCCAAAUUCAUCAUGAUUUUUUGUUAAAUUGUAAAAUUAAGACAAUAAUAUGUUGACAAAUUUACGAAUCCGAGUAUUGAGCGUUGUUCAGUGCCGCUAUAAAUGGACACAUGCUGCGAAGAAAAUGAAGCCACCGAAGGGAAAUGCAACAGAGAAAAGCACCAUUUCGGAGCUAAAUCCACCUCCUGCUUAUAUUCAGGAUCGAAUUAAUCUUUACGAUAAACUGAAAGCUGAAUAUGAAACGGAAUUGGCUGCUAAAAUUCCUGAGGAAAUAAAAAUUCUCCUUCCAGAUGGAAAGGAAGUGACAGGUCAAUCUUGGCGUACAACUCCUUAUGAAAUUGCAAAAGGUAUUAGCCAGGGUUUAGCGGACAACGCCGUAAUAUCCAAAGUCAACAACGAACUUUGGGAUUUGGAUAGACCCCUGGAAUUUGACUGUAAACUGCAACUUUUGAAAUUCGAUGAUUCUGAGGCGCAGCAAGUAUUUUGGCACUCUAGUGCUCACAUUCUUGGCGAGGCGAUGGAACGUAUUUAUGGAGGUUGCCUCUGCUAUGGUCCACCAAUAGAGAGUGGUUUCUAUUACGAUAUGUUCCUUGGCGAAAAGGGAAUUUCAAAUCUCGACUUUCCCUACGUCGAUAGUCUUUGUAAAAACAUAACCAAGGAAAAGCAGCCCUUCGAGAGGCUGGAAAUGAAAAAAGAAGAUCUUCUCGAAAUGUUUAAAUACAAUGAAUUUAAAGUACGAAUUCUCAACGAGAAAGUGAAAACGCCCACAACAACUGUCUAUAGAUGUGGAUCUUUGAUAGAUUUAUGUCGAGGUCCCCACGUGAGGCACACGGGAAAAAUCAAAGCAGCAAAAAUCACGAAAAGCUCCUCGUCCUACUGGGAGGGCAAUGCCAAUGCCGAAAGUCUACAGCGUGUCUACGGUAUCAGUUUUCCAGACAAUAAACAAUUGAAAGAAUGGGAAAAAUUCCAGGAGGAAGCUGCAAAACGUGAUCAUAGAAAAAUUGGAAAGGAACAAGAAUUAUUCUUCUUCCAUGAAUUAUCUCCUGGUUCAUGUUUCUUUCAACCGCGAGGUGCGCAUAUUUAUAACACUCUAGUUGAAUUCAUACGCUCGGAAUAUAAAAAACGUGGAUUCCAGGAAGUAGUGACGCCAAAUGUCUAUAAUACAAAACUCUGGCAAACAUCAGGACACUGGGAACAUUAUGCGGAGAAUAUGUUCUCAUUUGACGUUGAGAAGGAAACAUUUGCUCUGAAGCCAAUGAAUUGUCCCGGACAUUGCAUGAUUUUUGACGUACGCAAUAGAUCGUGGAGGGAACUUCCAUUGAGAAUGGCAGAUUUUGGAGUACUUCAUCGUAAUGAAUUGUCGGGAGCACUCACCGGGUUGACGAGAGUGAGAAGAUUUCAACAGGACGAUGCUCACAUUUUCUGUACUGUUGAUCAAAUCAAAGAAGAAGUAUUGGGUGCACUGGACUUUUUGAAACAUGUUUAUUCCGUUUUUGGAUUUACUUUUAAUCUUGUCUUGUCAACUAGACCGGAGAAAUAUUUAGGUGAAUUGGAAGUUUGGAAUCAAGCUGAGAAAGCAUUGUCUGACAGUUUGGAUAAAUUUGGCGAGCCGUGGAAGGAAAAUCCUCAAGAUGGUGCUUUCUAUGGACCGAAAAUUGAUAUCACGAUCAUGGAUGCGUUGAAAAGAGCACAUCAAUGUGCUACUAUUCAAUUAGAUUUCCAAAUGCCAAUUAGAUUCAAUUUAUCGUACAUCAGUGAAACUAGUGAGAAAAAGAGACCGGUCAUUAUUCACAGAGCAAUUUUAGGCUCCGUGGAACGAAUGAUUGCGAUUCUCACCGAAUCUUAUGCUGGAAAAUGGCCAUUCUGGUUGUCACCGCGUCAAGUAAUGGUAAUUCCAGUCGGUCCAAUGUUUAAUGACUACGCAAACACAGUAAAGGAAAAACUUGCCGAAGCCGGAUUCAUGGCUGAAGUCGAUAUUGACGACAGUGACACGAUGAACAAAAAAGUUCGAAACGCUCAAUUGGCUCAGUUCAAUUUCAUCUUAGUUGUCGGAGAGAAAGAAAAGAGUGCCGGCACUGUCAAUGUAAGAACGAGGGACAAUAUCGUUCACGGAGAAAUAUCAAUUGUGGAUUUAAUAAACAAAUUCAGCACUUUCAAGGAGACGAAAGAUAAAAAUUGUGAAAAUACUUUCAACAGUUAGAUUGUUUUGUAAUUUAAUCGUAAGUCGCAUUUAAAAAUAUUUGUAACAAUAAUUUAUAAUUCCAACAUAUAGACAUAGUUAAAUGUAAAUUUUCACUAUUUUGCAAAGCAUGAAACUUAAAACUACUUGAAGGAAAAAAAUUCGUCUUGAAUUUGUUGCGAUUUUACAAGCACUUUUUAUAUACGUUCAUUGCAAGUAAAUAAAUUAAUUUUGGGCUAAAAGUAAA